AUGACGGAAAUUUCAAAUGUGUUAACACCGCAACUGGAAGCCAUUUGUGUCAAGGUAGUAUCUGGACAAAUGACAGACCAGGAAAGGCCGACGCCCCCACUGGCCACCCUCCAGCCCAGGACAGCCGGGCUGAGCCAGCCGCCCAGGGGGGUGCCCGGCGUGCUGGGGCUCCGGGCACAGCCGCGCUUCCCGAGUGACUCCCCUCCGAUUCGGGUGUUUGUACAGAGGCCACUGCCCGCCCUGCAGCUGGUGGCUCCGCAAGGACCGGGCGCCACGCCGGCCCCUCUGUCAGCGUCUGACCCACCGGCGGUGACAUCUGUUUCAUCCGGUUCCGCGAAUUUCUUUAUUUCCAGCUUGCACACAAAACACACGGAGAAGCUAAAAAAAUCUUUAAAAGUGAAGACGCGUUCUGGACGGAUAUCUCGACCGCCCAAGUAUAAAGUCAAAGAUUAUAAGUUCAUCAAGACGGAGGACCUGGCUGACGGUCGCUUGUCAGAUUCUGACGAUUACUCAGAGCUGAGUGUGGAAGACGACGACGACCAGAGGGGAAAGCGGGUGCUGUUUGACCUGUCGAGCUGUUCCCUGAGGCCCAAGACUUUCAAGUGUCAGACGUGUGAGAAGUCCUACAUAGGAAAAGGGGGCCUGGCCCGGCAUCUUAAACUCAAUCCAGGCCACGGCCACCCAGAACCGGAGGUGUCUCUGUCUGAGAAGGCCAACGGGAGCACGACCCGAGGCUGCGCCGAGGGCAGGACGGCUAGCCUACCGUCCCCGGGGCUGCCCACGUCAGCUCUUCUGGGUGAGGAAGGGGCCCAGUCACCACCGUGUGGCCUGCAGAAUAGCCAGUCUGUAGAAGUUGAAGACGCCUUGGUGUCUGAACCAGAAGAUGGAAAUUAUUCGGCCUUCGUGGGAUCAGAGAGACACCCAGGCCCUAGACGAAUCGAGUUCGUAGCAGCCCCUGCAGAGGCCAGCGAGGCCGUCCUUGGGCGAGGCGGAGCCGCUCACCCGCGUGGGCGCGCCGGUGCCUGCGUGGCAGGUGCACAGAGCGCCUCGGUGGCCAGAGCCCGGCUCAAGGAGUUUCUCCAGCAGUGUGACCGAGAGGCUCUCGUGGACCUGGUGCUGCCUCAGCUGGCUCAGGUGGUGACCGUGUACGAGUUUCUUCUGAUGAAGGUUGAGACAGGUCAUCUAGCAAAACCUUUGUUCCCAGCUGUGUAUAAGGAAUUUGAAGAGUUGCAUAAAAGCGUUAAGAAAAUGUGCCAAGAUUACCUCAGUGGUUCUGGUCUGUGUUCCCAGGAGCCUCUGGAAAUAAGCAACAACAAGGUGGCCGAGUCUUUAGGAAUCACAGAAUUCCUGAGGAGGCGGGAAGCGCGCACAGAGUGCGUCCCAGCGCAGCGCACCAGCGGGGACACGGGCCGGGACCCCCGGGCCGAGCCGGAGGAGGCCGGCCAGCAGAAGCGGGGAAACGAGACCGCGGACGGGGCGCCGGCCUGGGUGAAGAAGACCAGAAGAGACCCUCCGCCCCAGGACACCACUGACGGUGGAGCCCCAGCCGCUAACCAGGGUCCUGCCCCUCCAGCGAGCGGGAACGCCCCUCGCCGUCCGGAAGGAAGCCACACGGCACCGGUGUCUGGUCGAGCAGGCCGGCAGCUGCGGGCAUUUGCUGACCCCGAGGCCAAGAGCGGGUGUGGGGCUCCCGCUCUCUCGUGCGAGAACGUCCGUGGGCUGAGUCUGUGUCCUCAGUCAGGAGAGCCCGGGACGCACACACAGGGGUGCGUGCCAGCCCUCCCUGGAGAGAAUGCUCAGGAACGCUCCGCAGACUGGAACGGAACUGGAAACAGCCUGGGCAGCGGGGAUCUCUGCAGGACCCUGAUGUUCCCUGGAGGGGUGGCAUCCCUGCCGCCUUCCGGGCCUGGAGACCUUGAGAGGCAUGGCUCCCUCUGGAAAGGCCCACGGUCUGGCCCCAGCGACGUCCUGUUUCCAGAGGCUGCCGGCCCUCUGCUGGAGACGGUUUUGUCUGUGGACGUGGGGCCAGCUGACUGCGUCCCCAGGACCGUGCCCGAGCCGGGGCCUCAGCCGGCCCAGGCCGGGUCGCUGCCCACCGAUGGCGGCCGGGGAAGCCAUGCAGGGGGUGUGGACCACUUCCCCGCGGGGCCCGAGGCGCGCGCUGACCAGAGAGAACUGGAGAGCAUUGCUGCUGCUGGAGAAGCCGUGGCUUUUGAAAUCACCAAUGGGUGCCAUGAAUUUUUGUCUCAGGGACAGGAACAGAUAUUUAUUCAGACUUCCGACGGCUUGAUCUUGUCCCAUCCGGGUUCCGUGAUGUCCGGGGAGGAAGAUGUUGUCAUAGUGGCCGGUAUGGAGGGGCCUGCCCUGCAGACGGCCCCCCCGGAAGGGGUCCCUCUAGAAACCACGGAGGCAGAGCCCUCACAGUGA